AUGAUGGUGGAAGGCCCCAAUUUCGCUGGCAUGAUUGGUGGCCGUGACAAUGGUGGGAAUUUUUGCGACAUGGCAUACUACCGGAAGCUCGGUGAGGGCUCAAACAUGUCGAUAGAUAGCCUUAACAGCAUGCAGACCAGCACACAUGGUGGCUCCAUUGCAAUGUCUGUGGACAAUAGCAGCGUAGGGUCCUGCGACUCCCAUACUAGGAUGCUCAAUCAUCCUGGCCUCAAGGGACCUGUUGUUGGCAAUUACUCGGUCGGCGGGCACAGUAUUUUCCGUCAUGGACGGGUGUCUCAUGCCUUGAGUGAUGAUGCGCUAGCACAGGCGUUGAUGGACCCAAGGUACCCGACUGAGAUACUCAAGGAUUAUGAGGAGUGGACAAUUGAUCUGGCCAAGCUCCACAUGGGAAUGCCCUUUGCACAGGGUGCCUUUGGAAAGCUCUACAGGGGUACCUACAACGGUGAAGAUGUUGCAAUUAAGCUUUUGGAGAGGCCAGAGGCUGAUCCGGAGAGAGCUGGGUUAAUGGAGCAGCAGUUUGUGCAAGAAGUUAUGAUGCUUGCAACCUUGAGGCACCAGAACAUUGUUAAAUUUGUAGGAGCAUGCAGGAAGCCAGUGGUUUGGUGCAUUGUGACGGAGUAUGCCAAGGGUGGUUCAGUUAGGCAGUUUCUGGCGAAGAGGCAGAAUAGGUCAGUUCCACUAAAACUGGCGGUUAAGCAAGCAUUGGAUGUUGCAAGGGGGAUGGCAUAUGUUCAUGGUCUUGGGUUCAUCCAUAGGGAUCUUAAGUCAGAUAACCUCUUGAUAUCUGGUGAUAAAUCUAUCAAGAUAGCUGACUUUGGAGUAGCUCGGAUUGAAGUAAAAACUGAGGGGAUGACACCUGAAACGGGAACCUACCGUUGGAUGGCACCAGAGAUGAUUCAGCAUAGGCCAUAUGACCAGAAAGUUGAUGUCUACAGCUUUGGCAUUGUGCUGUGGGAGCUCAUAACUGGCAUGCUCCCUUUUGCUAACAUGACAGCAGUGCAGGCCGCUUUCGCUGUGGUGAACAAGGGUGUCCGCCCAGCUAUACCCCAGGACUGCCUGCCCACCCUUGCUGAGAUCAUGACCAGGUGCUGGGAUCCAAAUCCUGAUGUCCGUCCGCCAUUCACUGACGUUGUGAGGAUGCUGGAGCAUGCUGAGAUGGAGAUCCUGAGCACUGUCCGCAAGGCCCGAUUUCGGUGUUGCAUCUCCCAACCGAUGACUACCGACUGA